CCUCAUGCCACCUCCUCGGCUACUUGGCUUCUUGCAAGCUUGGCAAAUAUGUCUCAGAUAACAGACAUUAGUAAGUCUCCAAAACACUGUGCCAAGAGAGACUUGAGCAUUAUUCAAAAGUUGAGAUUCAAGAACAAGAUCUUCUUCACCAUCUUUACAUUGCUACUCUCUAUUCUCUCAAUCAUAACCCUUGUCUGGCUCACUCUCCACCCCUCCAAGCCACACUUCUCCCUCACACAAGCCGAUAUCUAUCAGCUCAACCUCUCGUCUCCUCGCCUCCUCAACUCCUCCAUUCAACUCACCCUCCUCUCCAAGAAUCCCAACACAAAAGUGGGUAUCUACUACGAUGAGAUUCAAGUUUAUGCAUCCUACAAGGGGCAGCAGAUCACUCUCUAUACUUCUCUCCCACCAUUCUAUCAAGGCCACGAGGAAUCUAACCUUCUCUCGGCUUACCUGGUGGCUGGGAAUGGCCUCCCCGUGGCUCCUUCGUUUAGCUAUGAAGUCCAGCGCGAUCAGAGCGCUGGAAGGUUAGUUUUGAUGCUUAAGGUGAAUGGGAAUUUGAGAUGGAAGGUGGGGACUUGGGUUUCUGGGAAAUACAGGUUUAAUGUAAACUGUGUUGCCAUGAUGCCUUUUGGAGUUUCCAUGCCAUCUGGUCCCUUGAUUUCUAAGCAGGGAACUCAGUGCUCCACUUCAAUUUGAACAAAUUAAGAUAGUUAUACUAAUACUUGCUAUCUACCAUGCAUCUUAAUUCUUAUAGUAUGUAGUUUAUCAUAUCAUCAGUCUUUCCUAAAUAAUUAAUUUUAUUUCUUGACUCUUAUAUUGUAAAUCAGAUUAUAUAUAUGAAUGGAAUUUCUUAUGAUA